GGCACAGUGCAUUGGUCGUCUUCAAAAGGCAUAGACAAGUCAAAGGACACCACUCAGUAUUUCUAUCAGCCACGACCCGUUGAUGUGGAAACCACUGGCUACGUUCUGCUGAGUUACAUGCUCGACGCUGAAACAGAAAAGGGUCUUCCUCUAGUUCGCUGGCUUACCGCCCAAAGAAACGCCUACGGUGGAUUCUCAUCUACCCAAGACACUGUGAUUGCUUUGCAAGCUCUUGGAAGUUAUGCUGAGCACGCAUAUUCGAGCGACUCAAAUGUGACGGUCACCGUCGGCAACGGUGCCGACAAUCAAGCAUUCGGUGUUUCUGUAAGGAAUGCUAUCGUUCUGCAGAGCUACGAGCUGCCACAUAUCGACUCAAACGUUGACAUCAAGGCUACGGGAAAGGGAACGGUCUUUGCUCAGGGAUACAAAGAUAAAGUUUCGUACUCGUACCAUCGCAACUCUCUUCGUGACGAUUCACCAUUCUUCUGCUCAAAAGACUUGAAAGAACUACGCAAUGGCAACAGAAUGCAGUUGGAUCUCUGUUGCAAUAAGGCUGCACAUUUGGACCGUCUUUUCAGCUACACACGAACUGCCGGCAAGUCCAAUAUGGCGGUUGCAGAAGUGGAAGCUUUGACAGGAUAUAAAUUUGAUGAAGAGGAGAUGGGUAAGCUGACGGGAAUUUCUGAUUUGCAACGAGUUGAGCUUGACCACGACGACACGAAAAUGAACAUUUACUUCAAUCCAUAUCACAUGCAGCAAAGAACUCAUACGUUAAAGCAACUUCACUCACCUUUUUGAAU